CUCUCAACUGAAUGUAACCCGAGACAGAAAAUACAAAGACAUUCACUGCCAGAGAUUUCAACAAGUAAACCAAAUGGGUGAAGAAAGCUUGAGGAAAAGAAAAGGAGAGAACAAAGGAAAAGAGGAUGGACAAUACAUUCAGAGUCAUGAACCCCAAACGAUGAACCUCCAAAAGCAGGUGGGCCUCAUCAGUGGAAUCUGUAUGAUUGUUGGUACAAUUAUUGGCUCAGGUAUCUUUGUUUCUCCAAAAUCAGUACUUGCCAAUGUUGGAGCUGUGGGUCCUUGUUUAACCAUCUGGGCAGCCUGUGGAAUUCUUGCAACAUUAGGUGCACUUUGUUUUGCUGAGCUUGGUACAAUGAUCACAAAAUCUGGGGGAGAAUAUCCUUACCUUAUGGAGGCAUUUGGCCCAAUUCCAGCAUUUUUGUUUUCUUGGACAAGCUUACUCGUCACAAAACCCAGUUCAUUUGCAAUCAUUUGUCUCAGCUUUGCUGAAUACGCAUCAGCUCCUUUUUAUCCAGGUUGUGAUCCACCCCAAGUUGUCAUCAAGUGUCUUGCAGCAGCUGCUAUUGUGGUAAUUACAAUAGUGAAUUCACUGAGUGUGAAGCUGGGAAGCUAUCUCCAGAAUUUUCUCACAGCUGCUAAGAUGAUCAUUGUCACAAUCAUUAUUGUAAGUGGAAUUGUUCUCCUUGCACAAGGAAAAACUGAAAACUUCCAAGAUUCUUUCAAGGACAGUAAAAUUUCUGUUAGUUCUAUCGGUUUGGCAUUUUAUAACGGACUCUGGGCAUAUGAUGGAUGGAAUCAACUCAAUUACAUCACAGAAGAACUUAAAAAUCCUUACAGAAAUCUACCGCUAUCUAUAAUUAUUGGAAUCCCCUUGGUUACAGUUUGUUACGUUCUGAUAAACAUUUCAUAUUUCACCGUAAUGACUUCAACAGAACUCCUGCAGUCCCAGGCAGUUGCUGUGACAUUCGGAGAUAGAGUCCUUUAUCCAGCCUCUUGGAUAGUUCCUCUCUUUGUGGCCUUUUCUACAAUUGGAUCUGCCAAUGGGACCUGUUUUACUGCAGGCAGACUCGUUUAUGUUGCAGGUCGUGAAGGGCACAUGCUAAAGGUCUUGUCUUACAUCAGUGUUAAGCGUUUAACACCAGCACCUGCUAUCAUAUUUUAUGGGGCCAUUGCUAUUAUUUAUAUUAUCCCUGGUGACAUUAACACACUGAUAAAUUAUUUUAGUUUCGCAGUCUGGAUAUUUUAUGGUUUAACCGUACUUGCACUCAUUGUUAUGAGGUUUACAAGAAAGGAACUCAGGAGACCAAUUAAGAUACCCAUCAUCAUUCCAGUCAUAGUGACAUUAGUCUCCAUUUUACUGGUACUGGCACCAAUCAUCAGUGCACCUGAACUGGCCUAUUUGUACUGUGUUUUAUUUAUACUUAGCGGACUUAUAGUUUACGUACUUUUUGUUCAUUUUAAAUUCAGCUGGCCCCAAAAAAUAUCAAAGCCCAUCACUAUGCACCUUCAGAUGUUUUUGGAAGUUGUUCCAGCAGAGGAAGUUACUGAAUAA